AUGUCAAAGAGAAAGCCAAACAAAAACAAAGGACCCGCUAUCAUCGACCUCGACCUCGACUCUUCCGACCUCGACUCUCCAAUUUCAGAGCUUUUCAGAUAUGAGGUGUCAAAACAUCGCUCAUGUUGGAGGCACGUCUUCGCCUAUUUGAUAGUUCAAAAAAAGAAAUUAGCUCUAAAAGAUAUUGAACUGAUAAAGAAGCGAUACCCGUGCCUUUUAGAAUUCCCUUGCCACUUCCAUCGUGGUGAGAGAUUGAAGAGGAAAGGGAAAAGAGAAGAGAUGAAAGAACUUGGACCACCCAAGGAUGCCAAGCAUGCAGUCUCAAGAAAAAAAGAAAAACUAGACUCUCAAGCAUUUGAGUGUAAAGAAAAGCUAGGCUCUGAAGCAUUUGAUCGUUACUUUCAGAACUUAUGGAAGAAUUUAUCAGAGGAUAAGAGGACUUCUUUCACAUACCUUGACUGUAUGUGGUUUAGCUUGUACUUGCAACCAUCCUCCAGAGACAAGGUGCUGACCUGGAUUAAGAAGAAGCACAUUUUCUCAAAGAAAUAUGUCAUUGUUCCUAUUGUUUGCUGGAGUCACUGGAACCUAUUAAUCUUUUGCCAUUUUGGUGAGAGUGAGCAAUCAGAAACCCAUAAACCAUGCAUGUUGUUGCUUGAUUCUCUUGAAAACGCAGAUCCAAGGCGGUAUGAACCAGAUAUAAGAAAAUUUGUACUAGACAUUUAUAAAGCAGAGGGCAGGUCUGAGACCAAAGAUUUUAUCUAUCGAAUUCCUUUCUUGGUUCCUAAGGUGCCACAGCAGAGAAAUGAUGUAGAAUGCGGUAACUUUGUUCUCUACUACAUCAAUUUGUUCAUUGAGGGUGCUCCUGAGAAUUUCAGCAUUGAGGGCGGCUACCCAUACUUUAUGAAAAAAAAUUGGUUUACCCCUGAAGGCUUGGAGUGUUUCUGCCAGCAACUAUAUUCCUCUUCAGAGUGA